GCGCGCAGACGCUCAGAGCCUCGCGGGAGCUGUCGGCCCGCGCGCGGUUUGCCGUCCACAGCCCGGUCCGCUCUCAGCGCAAGUGGUUCACGGGCCCCCUGCCCAGCCAUGUCCUGCACCCGUGUGGCGCUGGUGACCGGGGCCAACAAGGGCAUCGGCUUCGCCAUCACUAGGGACCUGUGCCGCCAGUUCUCUGGGGACGUGAUCCUCACGGCGCGGGACGAGGCGCGGGGCCGGCAGGCGGUGCAGCAGCUGCAGGCCGAGGGCCUGAGCCCGCGCUUCCAUCAGCUGGACAUCGAAAGCCUGCAGAGCAUCCGCGCCCUGCGCGACUUCCUGCGCAAGGAGUACGGGGGCUUGGACGUGCUGGUCAACAACGCGGGCAUGGCCUUCAAAGUGAAUGAUCCCACACCGUUUCACAUUCAAGCAGAAGUGACGAUGAAAACAAACUUUUUUGGCACCCGAGAUGUCUGCACGGAGCUCCUGCCUCUCAUGAAACCCCACGACACCUCUUCACAGAGCCCUGCACCGGUGACUGAAAGAUCCUCAGGUGUUCCCAGAAGUGGGCUUAGGGACAGGAGGCUGUGUCCGAAAUGCAGCAGAGUGGUGAAUGUGUCCAGCAUGGUGAGUCUCAGGGCCCUGAAAAAUUGCAGCCCAGAACUGCAGCAGAAGUUUCGGAGUGACACCAUCAGCGAGGAGGAGCUGGUGGGGCUCAUGAACAAGUUCGUGGAAGAUACAAGGACCGGAGCGCACCAGAAGGAGGGCUGGCCUAACACCGCCUACGGAGUCACGAAAAUCGGCGUCACGGUCCUGUCCAGAAUCCAUGCCAGGAACCUGAGUGAGCACAGGAAAGGGGACAAGAUCCUUCUGAAUGCCUGCUGUCCGGGGUGGGUGAGGACCGACAUGGCUGGACCCAAAGCCACCAAAAGCCCAGAAGAAGGAGCAGAGACCCCUGUGUUCUUGGCCCUUUUGCCCCCAGAUGCUGAGGGGCCUCACGGACAGUUUGUUAUGGAGAAAAAGGUUGAACAGUGGUGAGCUCACCUCAUAGCUCCCUCCAUGGGCCCUGUAACUUUACCUGUUCUGAAUUGACCAAAAGGCCGUGUACACU